AUGGUUGAAGUUACUUGCUCAUUUGUAUUCACCAAUGGUCAAGGAUUGUUUAUACGACUCUUUCCUGUACUUCUCCACUGUGACGUUUGCUAUCUUUUCGUAGAUUUGUGGUUCACAUACGGGUACGACUUUUGUAUAUUUUUUAAAGCGUUUGUGGCGACUGUAUUUUGUCUGGGUUUCAUUUCGGUUCCCAUAGAAACCACGUUCGUGCGACUAAAUAGUGCUAACUACUCGUGAAAUAAAGAAGCUUGUCUUCUUUCUGUGUACUCUUGUUUAAUGUAAGACUGUAAAUGUUAGGCUAUAUUGACUGCAUUAUGGAAAGAAACGCGGGAUGAAGUCUGUUAUAUUUUUGAUGACAGAAAAGUAUUGUAUUCAUUCAUUUAUUUAUGUAUUUAUUUAUUUUUUUACUUAAAAUGCAAUGCAUUUCAGAGUUUACAAAUUCAUCAAAACCACUUUGAGCAAGGUAUUUUUUUGAUGCAGGUCAGCUCAUUUUGACUGUGGUUUUGCUUGUUGUGUCGCAUUGGUAUGCAAAUAUACACAUUUUAAAUGCUGAUGCAGUUUAUUAUUUGUUUCUUGUUCGAUUGUGUUGGACCGAAUGCUACAGCAUAAGCUAAUUGUAAGAUUUACUCAGUUGUCGUUUUUAUUAAAAUUGCUGCUAUUUUGGUUUGGACUGCCUGCAAAAUGUCUGUAGAAAGCAGAGGUUGCGAAUCAGAAUACGACCCUAAACACGGUUCGAGUGCAUUACGAAAAAGAGUGACUGAAAGAGAACCCCACAAAGGGAAUGUGAAAGUUGCCGAAAACACUGAAACCCGGGGAGCAAACAAUAAACACCAAAACCACUCCUUGAAUCCCCGGUUAAAGUUGCAAGACAUUGGAGGCACUGAACAUGUGCUUGGCCUUAAGAAAUGCAACCCCCUCGCUAGUACUACUAGCGCCCACCAAGAAUGGACUGUUUACUCACUUAUACUCGUGGCCCUGUUGUCCCUUUGUACAAGGUUUUAUAAAAUCCUAGAACCGCCUCAUAUUUGCUGGGAUGAAACACACUUUGGUAAAAUGGGAAGCUAUUACAUCAACCAGACCUUUUUCUUUGAUGUUCACCCACCACUUGGAAAGAUGCUGAUUGGUUUGGCUGGAUACCUGACUGGCUAUGAUGGCUCCUUCCCAUUUGCCAAACCUGGAGACAAAUUUGAAGAGCACAACUAUGCUGGAAUGAGAGCGUUUUGUGCCCUCCUUGGUUCAUGUCUGCCCCCAUUCACUUACCUCACUGUGCUGGAGUUAUCCAAGUCGCUCCCUGCUGCCCUGAUUACUGCAUCCCUUCUGAUUUUCGAUACUGGCUGCAUCACAAUCUCACAGUAUAUCUUGUUGGACCCCAUCUUGAUGUUUUUUAUACUGGGGUCCGUGUUGAGCAUGGUAAAGUUCAGCUCUCAUCGAGAAAGGGCUUUCUCAGGAUCUUGGUGGCUGUGGCUGCUCCUCACAGGGGUGAAUCUGGCUGGGGCUCUGGGAGUGAAGUUUGUGGGGCUCUUUGUGAUCCUGCUGGUGGGAAUGAAUACAGUUCGGGAUCUCUGGAAUUUGCUGGGCGAUAUAAACCUCUCGCUGGUUCUGUUUGGAAAGCACUUGCUGGCUCGAGUGUUUUGCCUGAUCCUGCUGCCCGCCUCCUUGUACAUAUCAUUCUUUGCGAUCCAUUUUCUAGUUUUAAACAAAAGCGGUCCCGGUGACGGCUUCUUCAGCUCUGCAUUCCAGUCUCGACUGAUUGGGAACAACUUGCACAAUGCCUCCAUGCCAGAGUACCUGGCAUAUGGAUCGACUAUCACAAUGAAAAACGUGCGGAUUGCUGGCGGGUACCUCCAUUCCCACUGGCAUCUGUACCCGGAGGGGGUCGGCGCGCGGCAACAACAGAUCACUGCCUAUUCACAUAAGGACUUCAAUAAUUUGUGGUUCGUAAGGAAUCAGGACUUUAAAACAGAAAACCCUACCGACCCAGUGGAAUUUGUCAAACACGGGGACAUCAUCAGACUUGAGCACAAAGAAACAUCACGUAACCUUCACAGCCACCUGCAUGAAGCCCCAUUAACAAAGAAACACUUUCAGGUUACAGGAUAUGGAAUUAACGGCACAGGAGACCCGAAUGAUUUCUGGCAGAUCGAGGUGUGUGGUGGGAAGCCCGGAGAUCUGGUCAAAGUGCUGAGGAGUAAAGUCCGUCUCAUUCACUUGUCCACCGGUUGUGUCCUCUUCUCCUCUGGAAAAACUCUGCCAAAGUGGGGCUGGGAACAGGUGGAAGUCUCUUGCAGUCCCUACCUGAAGGACACACCCAACUCCCAGUGGAACUUUGAGGAUCACGUCAAUGCUAAAUUGCCGAAUAUUAGCCUUGAGGUGCUGAAGCCCUCUUUCCUAGAGAUCCUCCUCGAGUCCCACAUUGUAAUGAUCAGGGGUAACAGCGGUCUGAAACCUAAAGAUAAUGAAGUCAGUUCUAAACCCUGGCACUGGCCAAUAAACUACCAGGGCCUGCGGUUCUCGGGUGUGAAUGAGACAGAAUAUCGAAUUUAUCUGCUGGGAAACCCUGUGAUCUGGUGGUUAAAUCUGUUCAGCAUUGCCCUCUACGUGGUUAUGGUUACCAUAGCAGCUACGUCUAUACAGAGAGGGAUUCAACUGAGCCAGAAAGCCAGAGUGGUUUCUGUCUCUUAUAGAGCGAUGCAGGGUGCUGAUGGAAGGAGGAAGGGAGAUGAUGCUGGGGUGGCUACUUCAUUACCUUCCCUUUUUUACUAUGGGCCGCAUCCUGUACUAUCAUCAUUACUUUCCUGCUUUGCUUUUCAGCAGUAUGCUAACAGGGAUAACUUGGGACACCAUGCUGCAGAGUUGGGACUUGUUUGUAAGUCCUCCUGUCACGCAAAGAAUAUACAGUGGAGGAGUGGCUGUGCUGAUCAUACUGUUCUUGUACAGCUUCUACUUGUUCCAUCCUCUCUCCUAUGGCAUGGUCGGACCACCUGCUCACGACCCCAGCAGUCCCAUGGCAGGACUCAAGUGGAUGGAAUCGUGGGAGUUCUAAGAUAGCAGUCCAUGGACCAGAUCCAAGGUCUUUCACUCUUAAAUGCACUUUUUAUUUUUUGGUUAUUCUGAAUUAAAAUGUUUUGUCACUGUUACUGGAAAGCCAGUCUCUAGUUAACUGGAAACUAGAGACUGGCUUUUUAGCCCUGGAUCACUAGAUUACAUUACAGGGACUGAACUAUUAUAGUUAUGAGUGCCUUUCUUUGGCGUAGCUGACCACUACAUUUUGAUUUGCAUUUCUUCCAUGUUAAAUUUAGCUUUUUCAUAAAAUGGAUGUGGAUUAACACUAGAAGUUUUAGCUGUUGAGUGAUGCUUGGAAUUUGGUUCUGGUUAAUGAGGACACAAAUUAGUUUUAUUCAUCUUGUCAGUUGUGGAUGGUUUUCACUUUUUGGACUUUAUCAAAGGGAUCCUUUGACAAUAUCUACAAAAAUGACUAGAAAUGUUAAUUGUCAUGUGUUUAGUCAGGAUUCCUUUGAGGUUAAACAUUUCAUUUCUAAUAUGGUCCUGUUUGUACCCAUUUUAAGAUUUGUGCGUCUGAGGUCACCUUAGCUCAUAACCUCUUCUGUAGGGGUUACACAGCAUUUCAUCGUACAACACAGGAGUUCUGUGUGACGUUUAAAAUGACCGGUUUAACCCUUUUAGCAAUAACUACUUCAAGUUCUGGAGUUUUGGGACAAUGUAGGUUUAAUGUUUUUUUUUUUUGUUUGUUUGUUUUCUACUCUAAUGCUCACUGCCUUAGUGUAGUGGUAUUGAAGUAAUGCUUUUUGGUAUUUAUUUUAAUUUGUGUUAGUUGUGUUGCUGUCUGUCUGAUAAUUUAAACAUCUGUUAAAAUACAUUUUUAUUUUUUACUGUCAGCAGUGCUUUUUUAUAUGCCAGUAAGUAUCAUGAGGUCACUUGAAUUUCAUUGUUUUCUUUAAAAAUCCUGAUCUGCAGAUACAAACAAAAUGAGAUAUAUUUGGUAUGGUGCAUUUUAAGUGUGUGUUAGAAUAAUCUGGUGAAGAUAUGGGACACAUAAUAAAUAAGUCCUCUUUCUGCUUCUGCAGCACAGAAUGACAUUUUGAGUUAGCAGUAUCCUGUGCUAGGAAACUGAAUGUGGUAACAAUGUUAUUUGUAAGUAAACACUAUGGAAAAUACUUGAGCGUCUGACGUUUACUGCCAUAUUAGAAAAAUAACUAGGACUAUUUAUUUCUGAAAAAAAUAAAUUGUGUUCAGAAUGUG